AUGGAGAAACUAGAGGCCGUCGAAGUAGACAUUGAGAAGAACAACGGCCUCAUCACGCUUUCAGAAAAAGCAGCAUACAUAGAGGCAAUAAUGGAGAAGCUAAAGGCCGACCAGACAGAUACUGAGAAGAAGAAUGCCCUUCUCGGACUUUCAGAAAGAGCAGCCGACAUAAUAGCAAGAAUGCAGAAGCUAGAGACCGCUCACGUAGAUACUGAGAACACACUUCGCAGGAUGCUAGCGAAGUUAGGCGCUCCGUGCCCAAUAUGA